AUGGAAGGCUUGCGUCGGCUUAAGUUUCUUGAUUUAAGUUUCAAUAACUUCAGAGGGGAGCUUCCUUCUUGGUUUGGGUUUUUACACAAACUUCAAGUUAUAAAUCUUGAAAAUAAUAGUUUCACUGGUUCCAUCCCUUGUUCAAUUUCUAAUAUUUCCACACUCGAAACUUUGAAUCUGAGAUUCAAUUCCAUAGAGGGUGAAAUCCCAGAAGUGAUUGGAAGUUUUAUAAAGCUUAGAGAAUUAAACUUGAGGGGUAACAAGCUCAUAGGUUCUAUUCCUCUGUCACUCUCGUUGGAGGUUUUAGAUAUAUCUUUUAAUUCACUUGAAGGAAACAUUCCAGAAGGGCUCGGCAAUCUUCACAACAUGAACUUGUUGUCCAUACAACGUAAUCAACUAACUGGCUCUAUACCAUUCACUAUUUUCAAUAUCUCUAGAAUCGAAGUCAUUGCAUUUACAGGAAAUAUUCCCAAUGGUUUAUGCAAUCGUCUCCCAAUACUCAAAGGGCUCUAUUUAUCCACAAACAAACUUCGCGGUCAUAUGCCUAAAAGCUUGUCAAAUUGUUCACAACUUCAAAUGUUGUCUUUAUCAUCUAAUGAUUUUGAUGGACCAAUCCAUAGUGAAAUUGGAAGAUUGAGUAAUUUGCGGAUGUUGGCUCUUGGAUCAAACUAUUUCACUGGUGAAAUACCCAAAGAGAUAAGCAAUCUCGUUGAGUUGGAGGAAUUUGACAUUGGGUUUAAUAGUUUUAGUGGUUCACUUGCAAUGGAGAUCUUCAACAUGUCACGGCUGAGAAUAAUUUCUCUUGCAUUUAAUAAUCUAUCAGGAACCCUCCCACCAAACAUAGAUGUAAGAAGCUCAGUAAGAAGCUCAGAAAACUUCAUGGUAUCAGAGCUUGAUCGCAGUAAGAAGCUCAGACAGUUGAGUCAAAGACUCGAAAAAAACCAGAGUCAAGGAUUCAAUCGAAAAAUCAAGGUUCUAGCUCAGUUUUUUUUACAGAUCCGAGCUUCAUCGAAGCUCAAACGAAUUUCCGCAACAAAGAGCUAA